AUGAAGAGGAUCAGACGAUUGGUGCACGGGAGCGGCGACGUGUCGCGAGUCCGGGACGACUCGUCGCAGGCCCGGGACGGACCUGCGAAUUGCCCGGUUGGACACCCAGUAGGACACCCAGUGGGACACUCGGUGGUCAAGAAGCCCAUCGCUAGCUCCGCAUCGCUGGCCAGCAGCAGACUGGCAAACAGCGAGGCCGAGCCUCGCAACCGGUGUCCCGAUUUCCAAGAUGUGCGCGACGUACCGUUCGUGUCGACCGUGCUGGGCAAAGGAGUGCUGGCGUUCCCCAGCGAGGCGGCGCUCGCUGCGUUCCGCCAGAACAAGCGACGAUUGGACGCGGUCGACGACGCUGGCGCCCUGGGGUUCCCGUUUCUGCACGCUACCACGCCCAGCGUGUUCAAGAGCAUCGUCAGUCGCAGCUCUCCGAUCAUGACGAUCCACCGGUACGCAGCGGUGGACGUUGGCUCUGACAUGGCACAACACUACCGGGAGGACGACCGGUGCGUGCAGGUCGCCGCGUGCGGCGACCUGCGAGUCUUUAGGCUCGAUUUCUGCGAAGUGUUCCAGCACAUCGACACCGGGUCGGGCCACGUCCUGUACCGGUUCGUAUUCCGCAUCGACAAUCGUGUCGACAACAACUGCUUCACACUGCGUUUGGCGAGUCACGUCCAUCGCAGGGACUGCGACACCAGCAUAGGAGGGCUCAAUCUGCGGUGGCACGGCACGUCCGGGCUUUCGUCAGUGUUCGGGACCGGUGAGUUCUCGCUGCGGGUGCUGGACGACAAUAUGCCAUCGUUCGUGGACUUUGCCUCGGACAACGAGUACAGCAUCGCUUGCCAGAAGGCGACGUCGCUGCGACCGGUGUCGCAGCUGCCAACCUGGGGCACCUACAGCGACAAACGCGGGUCGAUAUUGCCCAAGAACCGAAUAACACGACAUGCGAACUUCCAGGUCAAAGAACUGGUGCCCUGCGGCGAGGGACUCCGCGAUAUUCCCUGGGACACUUUGGUGCUUACUAGUAUGUGUUUGGUUCUACAUGGGGUGGAGUGCAGCAAGGAUAAAGGGUAUUCGUACCAAUUGGGCGGGCAGGGCUUGGCUAUGGUGAUUUGA